GAAAUCGAAACCGCAUCUCUGCAGAUGUGCGAGAGAGGGAGAACGACACGAUUCUUGCUUGGCCGAGCCGAGAAAGUUGGCCUGCUGUAGAAUUUGGUACUGAAUUCGGGUAGCGCUGCUUGCUACGAUCGCCGCCGUCGUCUUUGCGGCUUGAUUUCGUGUUAUUCGAACGGUCUUCGGUCCAAACGGAACCGGAAAUAUUACGGAUUUUGCGGUUCCCUAGUGUCUUAUUUUUUCCAUUGACAGUGAUAUAAAAAUAAAGGAACCGAAUCCUCCGAAUCGAAAAUCGCGAACCAUCGGAGACGCAUCAGCAGAACACAAGAGAAAGAGAGAAUCCGUUUCCCCCUAGUCGUCGCGUAGUCGGAUUUUCUGCUGGUUUUCUAGUGUCAGUGACGACGGCUGCUGGCAGCGCGGCCAUGUUUGAAGUUACGGUGAAUGAGAAACGACGUUUUUUUCUCCGCCGCAUAGUUGGCGCUUUCCCAAAGUGACAGAUUUUGUUCUUCGUAAUUUGACAGACGAAAGUGGCUGCCCGAAGUCGCUGGGCGGAAGGAAUAAUAAACAAAUAGCAGUGAACCGUGGAUUUUCCGCCGGAUUCCGGAUUGAUUACGCCGCAUCCCCAGUAUUGAUACUGAGAAAAUCCAAGUGUGCCCUGGUGAACGCAAUUACAGCGCUAUUACGGAACCUCCGCUUAUUUUGUGCUGCAGUCAGAGUAGGGCGGUGGAUAUUUUUUUUUUGUUCGUGGAAACCGGUAACGAGAAGCAUCGGCCAGGGGAGGUGGAGGUCCAGCAUAACAUAAGCCAGCUCUGUCACGAUUGGGCAGCUGGAAAAAUAUGAAGAAAAUAGUGCAACCGGUGAGAAAGAUCUACGGUAGCACUACUGCCACACAAGUGAAUACAGUUCAACAACAACAGUACCAGCCGUCACAGCAACAGCAAAGCACGAUGCAGAUGAACGCAGUACGUAAAAUCAACAGCCUUCUGCAGAGCGGCGCAGUAAGCGUGACCGGGAUCUCCGGUAAUCAGCCACGGAUGCUGCAGAAGAAGCCCAUCAACAGUCAGCCGACCAGCGUAUCCAUCACGACCACGAACAGUUACGUUUCGAAGCAGCAAAAAUGUUAUGUUUGCGGAGACAGUGCGGGGAUAAACGCCACUCUAUUAACCGAGGCAUCCACGGCCACAUCGCAGACCGAGUUCACCUCCAAAAUCGCCAAAAUUGUGGGUGAAGGCUACAUGGUCAUCAUCGGCACCGACGAUGUCGUCUGCAGGCGGUGCAUCACUCUGUUCAAUCAGAUGGACAAACUCGAAACAGAUCUGGAACAUGUGCGGAACACCUUAACCAGUUAUAUUCACAGAAAGUAUAACAUAUUAGAUGACGAUCCAGGAAUAACACCACCACCGGCAAAGAUUCAGAAGCUAGGAAACACUAGUACGACACCCGCGACGUACAGUAUCAAAACAGUUAAUGAUUCUGGACAGAUGAAUUCGGAUCUUACCAACAAUUCGAUGGAUGUAGAGAGUCAACUAUCGAAUAUGUUCGAUAAACCUCAGCAGCAGCAUCAAAUUGUGACCCAUCAAAUCCAGACACAGCAGCAGCAGCAGCAACACCCACAGCAGAUCCACACGACAAACAACGGAGCUAAUGUCGUGAGCACUACGGUGCAGCACCCUCAAACGACGACUAUCCGUCGAAAUCCCAUCAAAAUGUACAAGUGCAUGUCCUGCGAUUUUAAAACGCAGGAUCUGACUCAAUUCCAGCCGCACUACGAACAAUGCAAGGCGAACACAAAUCAACAGGUUGCUGCACCAACGGCCACAGCAACGACUACGACCUCAUCAGCGUAUCGUUGCAAGCUGUGCAAGAAGAUCUUUGCAUCCGUAGCUCUGCUGAAGCAACACAACGCCCAAGAGCAUCAGCAUUCUGUUCAGCCACCCGAACUCAAGGUCAUCGAACAGCAAGGUACUACAGUGACCCAGCUCUUUGCCUGUAACAUGUGCACUUACAAGACCCCCGACAAGCAGAACUACGAUGACCACCUUCGGAAGCAUAUAAAACUGAAACCGUUCAAGUGCCGUGUCUGUCUGAUGCGUUUCGAAACACGAGAGCAGGCUUCGAUACACGCCAAAAACCAUCAACCCGAUUACUUCAAGUGUGGCAUCUGCAACGUUACUUUCAACAAGCGUGAACUGCUGAUGAAGCAUCUGGAGACGCAUGAAAAUGUCAAGAAGCACGCUACGUUACAGAAACACACGACGAUCACCACCACUACUCAGCAGCAAUCUGCACAGCAUCAACAUCAACAGACACAGCAGAUUAUUCACCAGCAGCAACCUCAAAUCCACAUCAAGACUGAGGCGGGUGUAGUUAAUCAGGUUGCCGAUUCAUCGACGCAGAAAUUACUACAAGCCUCAAUCGACGAAGCCCUGCGGGAAACGAUCGGAGAGACCAUUGAUGCAAAGUCGAUUCAGUUCCACUCUUGCAAUAUCUGCUCCCUGACAUUCCUGAAUGAGAAACUCUACAGCCAGCAUAUGAAAAUGCAUACUGCGGGUGGGCCAGGAACGGCACCACUAACAAGCGGAAGUCCCGGGCAACAGCAGCAGAUCGGUGGAUCGUCGUCGGUUACCACCAGCAAAAAGAUGGUUAGCGCCAAUGCGGCUGCCAUGAACAACGGAGGCCAGGAACAGUUGCACGGUAAACUGUUGGCCCCGGGAAGCCAAGGAAGUGCUGGUACCAUGACGACCAGCCAUACAGCCAACUCCAUUUCCGACGGUGAUCUCGAGAGUAUAUUUGAGAAAAUACACUCGGACAAAAACGAUAUCAAUCCUGGUGACAAUCUGGUCAUCACCAGUCAGGACAAUUCCACCGGAAACAUUACCUACAGCAUCACGCUAGCCGGACAGGAUGGUGCUGGCACCGGGCAAACGACAACGUAUGUGCAGCAAUCCGCCGAAGGAGUUGACAGCAAGCUGAUCACUCAACGGCAAAUACAGCAGCAGCAACAGCAGGCAGGUAUCGACAUGCCUACACUGGAUCAAACCGAUGAUCAGCAGCAACAACCUAAGCAAGAAGCCGGAAUCAAUAUGCCCGUCAGUAUGCCCAGCUUAGACGAUGAUGGUGAACAGUCUCAAAAUAGUCAAGCUUCCAAUGCCGAAGGUGUCCCCAUGGAGUUGGAAGCCAUACAGGAUGGUGAGGGUCAGCAAAUCAAGUUCAUUCUCAACGAAAAUGGACAGAUUCUGCAGUUGGACAACCACAUUCUGACUACCGAUGCCGACGGUAAUCAAAUUUUGGUCCAGGGUACCGAUAGUGAACAGAUUCAACAGUUACUUCAAAGUGUCGGAGUAGUAAUGCAAGGUGGAGAAGGUCUAGGUGAAGGUGAAACGUUGCAAAUGAUAAGCGGCGAUGGUCAGACUGGGCAAAUGAUUUUGGUUCAGGGAGCCGAUGGCCAAGAACAACUGAUCGAUGCCUCUUUACUGAAUGCCGAUGGGAACAUCGUUAUUCAGCAGUCUCAAGAGGGUGAACUGAAUGCAGAGGGCACUCAUAUUACAACCGAGGACGGACUGCAGAUACCGGUUUCGGUAGCGUUCACGACCUCUGGUGAAGUAGAUCAAGAGGGCAAUCUGACGGUGGCCAUGGCAGGUGGCGAAGGAGGCGAACAACAAAUCCAGUUACACCUGCAGCAAGCUGGCGAAGGUGAAGAAGGGGAACAUAUCGAGGCAGGCGAAGGCCAACAAGCCAUUCUCACCGAAGGAGGACACAUAAUUCUGCACCAAGAUCAAGCUGGCGUUGAACAGCAGGCGGAAGAAGCAACCGAAUCUGGCCACGACAGAGCCGGUGGUAACACGACAGCAGUAACAACUAGCACUAGCAGUGCAGCGGCUGGAAAUGGAUCUAGUGCGGCAACAGCCUCAGGUGCUGACGAACAGGGAAUGUUCAAUUUUGAUGAACUUAUUCAACCCCAAGUCGUAAUCAAACAGCAGCCAGCUACCUAGGUUACUCGAGGACAACGAUCCCAGCAACGGUGAUGAAACUGUCCAAGACGGACACGAAACCGACGAUGUCACCAUCAUCUUCGCUUUUCGAAAUUAUGAUCAAAAUAAAAAUCAGCGAAUAGAGGACAGGAGCUGUGUUUUAGAAAGUAACCGGUGUUUAACUGCAAGUCAAAAUUCUUUCUAGCAAUAAGGACGACACAACAAUAUUUUCUGCUGGCCCUAGGCAACGGAUUCGAUUUUUCGACACUGUUCACUGUACAUAGGAGAAGGCGUAUUGACCAUGUUCGCCAGUGGAGAGGUUCAUUUUACUAGAAUAAGCAUAAUUGUAAAUAUAAAUCUUUAGACGAAACAAAAAUAAAACGGUUAGAAAUUAACAUAAAAAACUUCAAACGAUUUGAAUUGAUACUGGAAAAUUUCCAUACUUUAGUAAUAGUCAUCAAAACACAUCCAGACGCGUGGUUUAUAAAAUCUCAUCUCACGUCACCAUUGGUUGUAGGUUAACAUUUGUGCUUGGCUUUCAUUUUUGAAAUAAAGUUUUCUGUUUAUUAAAGAAUUUUACGAUUGAAGUGUGUUCCAGCGACAAAGGUGAAUCGAUAAAACCUCCUGCAGCGUGUGGGUGAGAAUAAAGAUAUCCAUAAAACUUUUCUUUUUUUUUUCAAAUACCACAUUAUUUCAUACUAUUCUUCAACUACUGAUUGAUAAGCCGUUAAGAGAUGAUGACACGCGAGCAAGGAUAGGUUUAUGAGAAAUAUAAAAUUAUCUGGGAAAGACAUAAGACAUGAAACUGACAGAGAAAAAACAGAUGGUAGAUUAUCAAAUAGCAGAUACUUUAA